GUCAAACAACCGAUAAACAAACUUUCGUCUCGCUUUCCUUGCAAAUUUUGAAAAAAAAACUUUAAUUCCUCGUAAAUUUCGUCAAAUAAUAAUAUAAUGGCUGAUGUUUUGGAUAUAGAUAAUGCCGUCGAGUUCGAAGAAGAUGACGAAAUUCAACGAUUGAAGGAAAAGGCACGCAAACGUAAGGGACGCGGCUUUGGAGGAGAUGCUGUUCAACGUGAACACAUCGACGACUAUGAAAGUGUUCAACAAGACGACGAAAAUGAGUUGGAGCCCGGACCUCAACGUUCUGUCGAAGGAUGGAUCUUAUUCGUUACAGCCAUUCACGAAGAAGCACAAGAAGACGACAUCCAAGAAAAAUUUUGCGAAUUCGGAGACAUCAAAAACAUUCAUUUGAAUUUGGAUCGUCGUACGGGUUUCUUGAAAGGAUAUGCAUUAGUCGAGUACGAAACAUAUAAGGAAGCGCUCGCAGCUAAAGAAGCUCUGCACGAGUCAGAAAUUUUGGGACAACAAAUCUCCGUUGAUUGGUGUUUCGUGAAAGGACCUAAAAAGACGAGCAAGAAGUCCGGAGAUCGUCGUAGAAAAUAAUUUCGAUAGUUUUUAAGAGAUUAAGAACAAACAUUCAUACCUUUUUUCAAGUCAUAACUCAAUAAAAUCAUCAUUUCACUAACAAA